ACCACCCACCAAAUCACCUUUGCACUUCCUCCCCGCUCCCCGCUUUCUCCCAAUGUCUUCCAACGCACACUCUGGUUUGGAUAACAUCUCCACGGAUCUCCUUACAGGACUCAACAGUCCCUUCCAUGACUUCACCAAUCCCGAGGACUGGCUCUCUGCUGAUCUAUUCGGCCCCUGCGUCUCGUCGCCUAUCACUCGCGAUGGUUUCACCUCUGACUCCGAUCUCGAGUUCCAACUCCGUCCACUCGAAGAUUAUCACCUUCCGGAUGAAGUCUGGGGUUCCUUUGCACCUAAACACGAUAUCUCGCAGCCUACCAUCCCCGACUACCAUCCUACCAUCCCUGACUACCAUGACAUGGGACCUGCAAGGGUCAUGCUCCCUAUCAUCGACAUUUCCUCAGAGUUUUUCUCCACCAACUUCUCUUCCGCCGUCUCUACCUCUACCGCCAUCGCGACCUCAUCUAUCAUCCCCUCCCUUCCUACCACCGUCGCCCUUCCCACCAUAUCACCCAGUAACGCCCCUUCAUCCACGCUCGAGGACAGCGAUGGUGCAGGUCCAUCGCGGCCUCAAUCUCCGUCCAAGACCGAUCCUCCCUCUGACUCGGAGGAUGAUACCUCCGUCUACGGCGAGAGCGAUGACGACGACAGCGACGACGAGUACGUUCCUGCCGGAGGCGCCAGCCCCAAACGCAAGCGAUCCCCCCGCUCCGACAAGCUCCUCUUGCGCAACUCGUCUGCAAGCUCUCCCCCUGCUCUCGGUGAAACCGAGGACGACUUACCCUCCCCUACCAAAUUCCCUCGCGCCGCCCCUCCUCGCAGUAAACAAGUCUUGACUACUCUCGGACAGACAGAUGUUUCCUCCCCUUCCACCCUCAAGGGCGCCAACAGGUGGGCUUGUCCGCACUGCGACUUCGUACAGAAGAACCAUCGCAUGCCGGACCUCAAGCGCCAUAUCCGCAAGCACUACCCCACCAACAAGUACGUCUGCUGUGGCGUGCCCGUCGAGGAGAAGGAGAAGUAUGGAGCGAAGGAGACGGCGGCGCCGAUGGAGUAUAAUGGGCGGAUGAUGGUUGGGGGCUGUAUGCAGAGCAUGAGCAGAAGGGACGCGUUGAAGAGGCAUAUCGACAACAAGAACGUGACGUGUGUGGGUGAUCUGGAGGGGGAUUGGCAUCAAUUCCAGGGAUGAGCGGUGUUUGUGAUUUCAUUCGUUCUACCUUUUCUGGAUUGUCUCUUCGUCUGCUUCUUCCUUUUCUCUGUUUCGGUCUCUAUCUCUAUCUUGCCGGCGCGAGCGCCUCGAUCUUACGAAUCAUCUAUCUAUCAUUCUCUUUCUCCACUUCGUCCUUCAACAACGUACAUACAUACAUACAGUGAUAUCUUUCCUGCCUCAUACCAUCCUAUCCUCGACAAAGAAUCCUUCGGCUUGUAUUUCUAACCUUUCUUCUUUCUCUUGCUUUAUGUUCCGUCUUCGAACCAAAAUAAAAGGCAUUGUACGAAUACCUACGUCUCUUCUCUUCUUCGUUUCUUCUCCCCUCUCUUCGGCUCCCCGGAUUCAAUACGAUCGCAACUUUCGUUUCUUCUCUCAUACUUACAUUCUACUGCCCAGUUGCUUUGACCUGGUG